CACAGGCAUCCCAGAGUGUGGAGCUGAUGCCCUUCGGUUCACUCUGUGCUCCACCAACUUCAAGAGUCACUGUGGCAUAGAUAGAUGAACGUGUAUGACUGUGGUGCUUCGAGUCUUGUGUGGAGUUACCAGGUGGUAACACGGAGAGCAAGUGGAAGAAACCUUGGGAGACUUCCAUGACUCAGGAACAAGCACACCUCACUGGGAGCCUUGUGACUGACAGGUGGUUCAGGAGCAAGGAGGCGGAGUGUGACGCGCGUUGUGGCACCAACACAGAGGCAGGCAGCCUGAAGCAAGGGCAGUAACACAGAGGCAGGCAGCCUGAAGGAAGGCCAGCAACACAGAGGCAGGCAGCCUGAAGGAAGGCCAGCAACACAGAGGCAGGCAGCCUGAAGGAAGGCCAGCAACACAGAGGCAGGCAGCCUGAAGGAAGGCCAGCAACACAGAGGCAGGCAGCCUGAAGGAAGGCCAGCAACACAGAGGCAGGCAGCCUGAAGGAAGGCCAGCAACACAGAGGCAGGCAGCCUGAAGGAAGGCCAGCAACACAGAGGCAGGCAGCCUGAAGGAAGGCCAGCAACACAGAGGCAGGCAGCCUGAAGGAAGGCCAGCAACACAGAGGCAGGCAGCCUGAAGGAAGGCCAGCAACACAGAGGCAGGAGUUUGAGCCAUGGAUGACAACGUGGAGGAGUGUCCAGUGUGCCUCACCACCUUUGACGACACCCUCAGGCGGCCACGCAACCUGCCCUGUGGCCAUACAGUGUGCUCGCCGUGCAUUGACGGACUGAAGCAGCAGGGUGCCAUCACGUGCCCCACCUGCCGGGCGAGUCACGCCGUGCCCGAGGCGGGCCAGUUCCCCAUCUCCUAUAUUACAGAGGGCCUUAUCAGGAGACUGAGAAGACUGGCCUCUCUGCCAGCCGAGCCAGGGAAGCAGGCAGCCCCACCAGUGACACGGCCUGCACCAAAGGCGACAACGGGAUUCAGCAGGAAGGCACAGUCCCUGCUGCAGGAGCAAGAAGUGAAGGUCCUGGCUGCCAUCCGCUCCUGCCAGGAGGAGCAGAGCCAGCUGGCCGAGUAUCUGACAACCCUCGGUGGCUGGAGCAGUCGCCAGCAGCGGCUGCAAGACGAGCCGCAGACUCUGGUGGACCAGAGCAAGAGUGCCCAGGAGGCGGUGCACCGCGAGGAGUCCCGGGUAGAGGGCAGGCAGGAGGAGGUGCGGCAGAAGGAGCAGCAGCUGCACGCCGCGCUACAGUCGCUGCGCACGGCCGCAACACGGCAGGAAGCUUACGAGGUCAUUGAGGACACAGACCUUCUGGUGGAGAAGGACAGUCAGACAGAGGGGUGUCUGGGAGUGUUUCCCAACGUCCACGCCGUCACCACCGUCACCAGGGUGGGUGUGGCCUCACACUUGUUGUGCUUGCAGGUCACUCCUCUGGCCACGGUGGCAGAGGCAUCGCGCGCAGCCCUGCAGGCCGCCACCGCUGCCGCUGCUGCCACACAGGCAGCCCUGAAGGCAGCGGGCACUGCUGCUGCAGCCUCGGGGGACUCCAGCCUCCCAGCAGCCUGGGCCGAGGCCUCCUCCAUCGCGGAUAGGCUGCAGGCCCUGCUGGCGCCGCCCCUGACGGCCGAGGACCUGCACAGCCUAACACAGCGUGCCAGGGGCCUGGUGGAGGCCGGCCUUGUCUUCGCCGUCCACGACGUGAAGGGACAGACUCGGCACGCAAGGAUCAGCCUUGAAGACGGCAGCCUUUACCUCCACUCCCUGCAGGCCCAGGUCCUGCCGAACUUCAUCGCCACCCUGCAGAUGGGGAAGGUGGUGCCGGCCGCCCCCCCCUGCGAAGUGUUCCUGGACCUGGCGUGGCCCGGCAGCGCGGCGCGGCGGGUGGUGGUGAGUCUACCCCAGGACACCCCCAGGGGCCGGCAGUUCAUGCUGCUGUGCUCGGGCCAGCGGGGCGCCUGCUACGCCAACACCAGGCUGUUUAACGUGAUGCGUGAGGGACAGCCGGGGGAGUGUGUGGUGGGAGGAGACUACCAGACAGGUGAUGGGAGGGGAGGAGCCGCCCUGCUGCCUCACCUUGACCAGGGUGAGUACUGGCAGUCAGGCAAGGCGGGGGCUGUGUGGUGGUGGCGGUGGCGUGGUGACCCUGCCCGUGGUGCUCAGUUCAGCAUCACCACCCGGGGCGUGCAGCGUGGUAGUAUUUGGUGUGGUGUCUUUGGCCAGGUGGUGCGGGGCCUGGAGGUGGUGCAGGAGGCAGCCCAGCACCGCCCCGUUACUGAGGUGACUGUGGUGCAGUGUGGCGUGGUGCUGUCAAGAUAGUGCUGCACCACACCACACACCACACACCACCACACCACACCAUUGCCAAUAUUAUUUUUUUUUUUUAAGAGGAAAGAAGCAAACACACACACACACACACACACACACACACACACACACACACACACACACACACACACACGGACACACAGACAGACAGACAGAUAGACAGACACAUACAGACAGACACACACACACAAAGUUCAGCGUGCAUGUCGUGGUGCUGGCAGUGUGUUGUGAUGGUGGCGGUUGUUGGUGUAAAUACUGGCGGCAGGACACACCACUUCACACAUUGGUCCUUCACUAACAACACAAAUAAAGUUUUCCUCAGCAAACACUUCUGUCACCAGUGUUCACAUCACUGGUCCACACUGUCUCAUCUUGCUUCUCCUCAAUAACAUUAUUGUACAAACACAAAUCUUGCCUUUCAUUUUCCUUUAAGUGGAAGUGAAAGGCCGCGCUGCACCCUCAGUUACACUUGUGCUCCUCUUCUUACCAUUACCAUUAUUGUUACUCUUAUUAUUAUUAUUAUUAUUAUUAUUAUUAUUAUUAUUAU